AUGUACUUCCAGGGUGACCCUAGGAAUGACUCGUGGAUCUUUGCCCUGGCUGUGCUUCUGUGUAGCAGCUUCGUCUACAACAGCAUGAAUACCAUCAACCACCAGGCCCAGGAGCAGCUGCAGUAUCCUUCCAGGAACCCAACCUCCAUGUGCUAUGGAGUCUUUGGGAAUGGAGGUUUCUCCUUGCUUGUUUUUGGUGGAGCAGAAGGACCCAGAACAAAAGAGAAUGUUUAA